AUGGAGUCAGAUAUUGAAGAUGAUAUUUUAAUAUUGUCGGCUGCCUCCUUGCUUCUUCGUCGCCAGACUAAAAAGAAAAAAAUGAAGAAACGUCGUUUCACUGUCAGUCCAUAUUUGAAACUUCGAAAUAUCAAGGGCCGUUUCGUCAAAGACUUUGAAGAUCUCAGGCAGUUUCCCCCAGCGUUUAAGGAGAACUUCCGAAUGACACCUGCUGAUUUUGAUAAUUUGUUGAAACUUCUGGAGCCACAACUUUCUCCAAAACACCACUCGAGACCAGAUUCCUUCACUUCGUCAGAAAAAUUAGCAAUGACAUUGGAAUAUUUGGCGUCCGGAUCGUACCAGCGCCACAUUGCAUCGGUGUAUAGAGCAAGUAAACAAGCUAUUGGAAAGGUUAUUGCAGAUGUUUGUGAUGGAUUAUAUCAGGCCCUCAAGACAGAAUAUUUGAAAGUGAUUACUUUGGCCUAUAAACCUACAUCAUCUGAUUGGUUAGAAAUUUCGAACAGGUUUAAUGCCCAAUGGAAUAUGCCCAACUGUCUUGGAGCAAUUGAUGGGAAACAUGUAGCAAUCACCAUUCCACCAAAUAGUGGCAGUGCAUUUUACAACUAUAAGGGAUUCUUCAGCAUAGUUCUAAUGGCAGUCGGUGAUGCCGAUUACCGAUUAUCGUAUAUCGACGUUGGAUCGUAUGGGAGUGAGGGAGAUAGCACAGUAUUCAGGAAUUCCGCCUUCGGGAAGGCCUUGUAA